AUGGGGCUGGUGGGUUUUGGUUUGGUUGUGCGGGAUAGGCAUGGUGAGGUGCUUGCUUCUGCAGCACAACACCUCCUUCAUGAUUCUUCGCCAAUCAUGGGGGAGGCAAUGGCUCUUAGGUGGUCCAUGCAGCUUGCUGUUCAGAUGGGUUUUCGGCGUGUGCUGUUUGAGACGGACUGUUUACAGCUCUUCCAACGUUGGAAGAAGCCGCCAGAUGACAGAUCUUAUUUAGCUAGUAUUAUUGUUGAUAGUUUCAUGUUAUCUCGUUUUUUUUAUUAUGUUGACUUGUCUUUUGUUCGCCGGGGGGGCAAUUCUGUUGCUGAUUACCUAGCUGGCAAUGCUUCCAGUUAUUCUGACAUGGUUUGGUUGGAAGAGGUUCCAGCUGAGGUUAUUGAUUUGGUUCAUGCUGAUGUAAUGGCUUCUAUGCCUACUUUUGCUUAA